CAAUCAGCCACGUCAAAUUACAGGGCGACGGGACGGCCAUAGCACGGCCCGCUCGAGCCGUUGCAGGCAGCAAGGGAUUCAGCGCGACACCCUGAAGACCUGAGCUUGUGACUGCAGCGAUCCCGCAUUGCCGCGGAGACCGUGCGCUCUCGCAAACCUAGGGAGAGCAACCCACCGGAAACACUUCCUAGCAGCGCCACAGACCAGCGCUGCUAGGAUGCAAUGAUCGACACCAGUUCAGGGUCGACGACCGCGGCCGUCGGCUUUACGGCAUUGGCCGUGAUGGGCGCGUAUUUAUGUAGGCACCGGCUCUUCUGCCCCGAGCCGCCGCGAUCGAUUGUUGAAGAGGACGACGACAACGAGGAGCGCACGCCCAUGGUGACGACGCCCGUGGAGCCCAGACCGCCUCCAUCUAGACGGCUGCGUUUUGGGGAUCCUAUUCAAAGAGAGUCGCCCAUACCGAGGCUGUGCGACACGCCGCGCUGGGAGCGGGAACGAGUCUACUGGCAGGCCCACGAGUAUGCGCAAAUUCGCGACAACCAGCGGCGGUUGAUCGAGACGGUGCUGCGGUCGGCGCGGCAGUGCGGCGAAGGCGAACUCCCGCCACCCAUUCCCGGGGAGAGUAGGCGAGGUCUGGGCCUGAUCUGCGAGCCGGGGACGAAUUCUGGGAGGGCGGCGCGCGUACGAAGUGCGAGACGAGCUGUGGUGGAAGCGCAACGGGACGGCUACUCGCCCGCCCAACUCGCGGACUUAGCGGAAGAACUGGGCGCCUGGGCCACGAACAACGCGCGGGAAAUGGGCCUCAAGGACGCCGAGGCCGUCGGCGACUUCGACUUCCGGAGUUUUAGCAGAGAGAUCCAGUCCCAAGGUGACAUUGACAGUCCGCCGUCGACGCCCGAGACGACGACACCAAUCGCGCUGAAGCGUAGAAUUUCUCUACCCAAGGAGCCCGCGGCGUCGUCGCCGCAGUCUCCGUCCGUCAUCGCGCACGCCCAGCGACAUCAUGAAGACAAAAACACGCCGGUCGCCCACGCGCGGCGGUCGUCCGACGGGUCCCAGCAGCCGGCCGAGGAUGAUGAGCACGCCGACGGGCUGGGGCUGGCGUCGAUGAUCCGGAACGACUCGCUGACGAAUCUCGUGGAGUACGGCACCGAGGAGGCGCCUGCCACAACUCAGGAGGCGCCGGACGGCGCGGGCCUCGCGUCGAUGAUCCGGAACGACUCGCUCGGGGACCUGUCGGCCAUGGACAUCGCUAACACGUCAGAAAACUAG